CUGCGGAAGGGGCCGGUGGCUGCGGGUGUUCCCGUGGGGGUGGGAGGAUACGGGCCGCGGUGCCGGGCAGGUGGGGUGGGGGAGCUGGAGACAGCCCGGUGUCACGUUUAACGCUUUCGUAUAUGUUUCCGUUGAAAAAGAAGUAAAGCGUUUCUCUUGAAAAGGUAACCAACCGUUCGGGGUGCUCUUACAGCCCGUAGUGUCAGGCCCUUUAUCGCGAUCUUCCUGCCUGCCCGUAGGAACCAGCACAACCGGGUAAGGCGUAUGGCAACUGCCGUAACUGCGGGCAUUGUAAACCUACACCUAAUGGAGAAAUUAAAGAAAAUAAUACGAAGCCAACCUUUAAAUUAUGAAUUACAGAACGUGAUGUUUGUUAAACUUAAAUUUCUCUUCAGUUUUAGAAUGGGAAAUAGGCUGCCUACCUCUGUACAGCUGUCUGAUGCUGCUGCUGUGAAUCAGAUACAGGAGAUAAUUUCAGGCAACUGUGUGGUGAUUUUCUCUAAAACAACAUGCUUCUACUGCAAAAUGGCAAAAAAACUUUUUGAGGGUAUGAAUGUAAACUACACAGCUGUAGAACUGGAUGUGAGUAAAAAUGGAAGCCAGUUCCAAGACAUUCUUGAACAGAUGACGGGUGGAAGAACAGUCCCAAGAGUGUUUGUUAAUGGGACUUUUGUUGGAGGUGCUACAGAUACUCAAAGACUUCAUGAAGAAGGCAAGCUGCUUCCAUUAAUUCAUCAGUGUCAGGUGACAACGAAAUCUGGAACUACUAUCUAGCCUAGCUUAGUCAUCUUUUAUAUAAAACAAGUGAAAAUGCAGACAAGUUAAAAGGUCACAAAGAUGUACUGCAUCUGCUGGGGUUAAGCAGUUUCAAACCAUGCUUUUCAGAAUCUCAGAUGAUUCUCUGACCCAGACUUCACUGAACUGACAAAUUUGUCUUCUCACCUCAGCUUGACCACAGCCAAAAUGGCAGUUAACAUUAUGUAUCUCUUGGAACUCCAGCUCUAAGAUAAUCAUGUCACUUCAUUGCUGUUGUAUCCUCAUACUGUGCUUCACGGUAUCAACUGUACAGGACUUAACGUUUUGAAGAAUCCUGGUGCUUUGGUGUUUGUUUUUUUGGUUUGUUUUCUGCAAACCAGUUUUGUUUCUAGUUUUGUUCCAACUGUUACAGUACACGGUCAGUUUAAUGGCUCUGUGGGAGCCAUAAAGGAAUUAUGAAGCAACAAAUUUGUAGGGAUGUUGCUCCCUGUAAAGCUUUUUAAACGUUAUGCUACUUCUACACUACUUGUACUACUAGUUGAGGUGUUUUUGCCUCAUAUUAAAAGCAAUGCCUACACUUG